ACUCGGCAGGAUAGAAUCUGGAAUCAGCGUCUCUUCCUUUUUAGCAGCUGCAUAACGUCAAUACACAAUAGACAAAAAAAUUAUCGCGAAACAUUUUUCGUGUGUCAUCGUGCUGAACUGUGUUAUAUUUUGAAGCAUAAUCGUUAUUGAUCUCGACCUUUAUGGAUUAUUUUUAUUAUUAGUGUGACAAAUUGUUUGAAUAUCUAUGGAGGAUAGUGAAGCAUCUCAGAAAAGUGGCAUGCCAAAACUUUUCGAAAUUUAUCGUCGACAACGUCAAGACUCCGAGACAAGCAUGACGGACUGCCCUGAAAUUGAUUUCACGUAUGCAGACUCGGACUCCUAUGAGAAUGAGAUGGCUGAGCUUUAUUCAUACUCAGAAGGGCCUGAGUUCCAGCUCAACAUCAAGGCUUUUGAGAUGGUGUGCAGUGAUGCAGGAGUGUUGGCUCUCUGGCAGAGCAUGACGGAGGAGAAAAGAUUCAGUCUCCUCACUCGCAUCACUGACCAGAUGGAGCUUUGUGAUAGCUCAGCCAGAGCCACAGCUUCACGAGCUAUGUUAUAUAUUGCACAGGGAUGCUGGGGUGAGGUGCAGAGUGACCAGGAGCAAGUUGGUUGGGUGCGCAGAAAUUGCUUCAUCUUAUUGCGCUGCAAUGCCUGGUCGUCAUGUGUGCAGCUUCUUAAUAUUGAAAUUGAGAGCUGGGUGUCUCCAGAUGGCAGCAGUACUUCAGUAAGCAAUAAGCAACAACAAGGCUGCGGUCACCUCACACUGUCCUCCUCAUCUCAACUUCGUGUACUGCUGUCCAUCCUCUACACGAUGGUCGAGACACUGCGCUGGCCUUCACUGGCGGACACUGACCAUGAAAAACAACUUCGUGAAGCUUUUUGUGCUGAUCUGGCACUGCCCCAAGAAGAAACUGACGAGCUGCUGGCGGUGACGCUGCUGGGGAUGGUGACGCGCUUCUGUAACUCCUCGCCUCCGCAUUUCCCCAUCAGGAAGCUCCUGCUGCUGCUCUGGAAGAUCCUUUUGGUCACCCUGGGCGGCACUGAGGCAUUAUGGGCCUAUAAAUGCGAGUAUCGCGUGAAGGCAGGACUGCCCUGCCUUGGUCCUGAGGAAGACACGGUGAGCGUUUGUCGCACUCUUCGUCCGGCCUCUCCUCCCGCCCCGGCCACGGACAUGUUGGAUCAGCAGCAACAGCAACACAACAUGGUCAGACGCAGGCCGUUCCGUCGGAGACAGCUCAAACGUACUCUCAUGGUGAAGCACGCUAUGAUGCAGCUCUACGUUCUCAAGCUGCUCAAGAUGCAGACUAAAUAUCUUGGCAGACAAUGGCGCAAGAGUAACAUGAAGACCUUGUCUGCAAUCUAUCAGAUGGUUCGCCAUCGUCUCAACGAUGACUGGGCUUACGGCAACGAUCCCGACGCUCGGCCCUGGGACUUCCAGACCGAAGAGUGCUCACUUAGAGCGGCGGUUGACCGCUUCAAUACGCGCCGCUAUCACCACGCCCACACUGGCGAGAGUGAGUUCGAGCCCGUGGACAACUGCAUAACUUCAGUGCUUGGGCGCAAAGUUGAGCUCACGGAAGAGUUUACUCGCUCCUAUGAAGUUUGGCUGCAACGCGAAGUUCUCAACACUACCAUACACUGGGACCUGCUACUAUCAACUAACACCAACGCUCAUAAUUCCUUAUCGUCUUCCGAUACAAAAUCUCGUUGUGCAUCGUGCAAAACCGAGCACAGUAAUGAUGAUGCUAAAAAAAAUACCGCUGCUGGUAUGGAGAGAUGUGAAUGCAAGAAAAAGUUGGUUUCUGAAGGAGCUAGUGGCGAUUAUACGCCGUUAAUACAGCAGCUUAGUGGUCAGUACUACAGACAUAAUGAAGAUGCGAGAAGUGGUCAGGCUGAAACACCUGAGGAAGAUGAAUAUGAUAAGAAAGAUAAGAUGCAGACCAUGAUUAAGAAAACUAACGUUAACGGAACUACUGCCUCAGCUGCUGUUGUCGAUAUAUCCAUUGAGGAUGAAAUCCCUGAAGCUGAGUCCAAGAUGUCAAUUGACGAGAAACAUGAGUAAUUAUUUUCAAGUAGCGCAAACGAAGUAGGUUACCUCUUGUCAUGUACGUCGUUUAUUUAUACAUAAUAUUGGGCAACCUCACAGUGAAACUACGUUCAUCAUGAAAUUGAAUUGACAAGUCGCUGGUAUUCCGUCACUGAAAUCUUUUU